GAAAACAAACGGCAGGUUCUAUGCUCUCCGGCGCCGCGCCCGGCUACGUUUCGCCAUCGGCGUCGCCCUACUCUUCAGCGUCGAUUUGAUGAUUCGGCAGGGAUGACAGUGUUCGCUACUUCAACGCUGCCGUUCCAGUCCAUUUAUCCACAGGGCAUAUUUUCUGAUUGGGUUCUGGCAAGAGGGCAAUGGAGCGGCCUGAGGAUGAGCUACAGGAAAUCGAGCCGAGUUACAGCGAUUAGGGCUUCCGCAGAGGUUCCUGAUUCUGGUGUUCAUGACGAUGCAAGUGCGCCCGCGGUUAGAAAAGAAAUAGAGUUGGAAAAGAGGGUUGUUUCACUGAGAGAGAUGGUUAAUGCUUUUCCUCCUGUGCCUGUUUUAAAAGAAACUAGCACUUCAAAAGUCGCAAUAGGUUUAUGUAUUUCGGUUGCAAUUUUAGCAAUUGCAAGGAAGAUUAUGCUCAAACAAGAGGAUCGAAGUUAUCAAGGUUCUGUUGCUGAUCUUGUGAGGAGAGGUCAAAUAAGAUCUGAUAGGAGAGGCUUCUUGAAGCCAAUGAAGUAUGAUGAUCCUUUUAAUAAUCCCUAUGUGAAGACUGACAAAAGUAGUUCAACAGUAGAAAUGUUUGGGAAGGUUUAUCGCUUGGCACCUGUAACUCUUACUGCAAAGGAAAAGUCAAUUCAUCAAAAGAGAAGAUCACGAGCCUAUCAGUGGAAAAGACCAACAAUAUUUCUAAAAGAAGAUGAUUCUAUACCACCAGAUAUCGACCCUGAUACAGUCAAGUGGAUCCCAGCCAAUCACCCAUUUGCGACAACUGUAAGUGAUAUUGACGAGGACUUGGCUCAAAAUAAUGUAUAUCAAAAAGAUGGCGUUCCAUUCCGUGUUAAAGCUGAGCACGAAGCCAUGCAGAAGAAGUUAGAAGCCCUUCAAAAUGAACAAAGGGUUAACGAAGUCUCCAUCAAUCUUAAUAGCAUCGACUAUUUUGAUCAACCUGUUCGUUCGUCAAAGCUGCAGGAGCAGGACUUUUCUAAUCCGCAGAACGAUGGAUCUGAUUCUUCAUCUACCAAUCACCAUAAGAAUUGAACUAAUAGUUGUUAGACUCUGCUGUAUGUUGCUCGCUGUUUCCUCUUCUUUCAAGCGUCUUGAAGAUUGUAGGAUUCAGUGUCAUCUACCUAGAACCACAGUUCGAAGUUGUACAUAUGAGUUAAAACGUUUUUUUUUUCUUCCUUUUUUCACGAGUAUACAUACCUUUGCUGCUUUAUUUGUGGUCUCUGAGUUGAGAUUUGAGUU